AUGACGGAGCGGAGUCGCAGCAUCAGCCCUGCGCACCAUAAGCGGAGCGUAGCCGACGAGCCGGUAACAUCUGUCCUGCCCGGUGGCGACGUCCCGUACGACCUUAAUCACGAGUUCAAUGCCGACGAGGAGGUGCUCGCGGCGCUUGGAUACAAGUCGGAGUUUAAGCGCGAGUUCUCUCUGUUUACCACCUUUUGUGUCUCGUUCGCUGUGUUGGGUCUGCUACCGAGUUUUGCGAGCACGCUGUACUAUGGCAUGGGCUAUGCGGGCACUGCUGGUAUGACCUGGGGCUGGCUCGUUGCCAUGAUCGGUAUCCAGUGCGUUGCCUCCAGCAUGGCAGAACUCUGCUCCUCGAUGCCAACCAGCGGCGGUCUCUACUAUGCAGCCGCUGUUCUCGCCCCGCCAGGCUGGGGCCCGCUAGCAGCAUGGAUCACCGGCUGGAGCAACUGGCUUGCUCAGGUCACGGCCGCCCCUUCGGUCGACUACGGCGUAGCGGCCAUGAUUCUCGCUGCAGCCUCGAUUCAUAACCCCGCAUACGUGCCGACCAACUACCAGACUUUCCUGCUUACAACCUUGCUCAUGAUCAUCCAUGCAUUCAUGUCCAGUCUGCCUACGAGGUGGCUGGCUCAUGUGAACUCGGUUGGUUCGACAUUCAACAUCUUGGCUCUGAUCGCAGUCAUCAUCAUGAUCCCGGCUGGUACGAACCGUGAGGAACAAGGCUUACCGCGGUUCACGCCGUCAAGCGAAGUUUGGGGUACCAUCUAUGAAGGAAUGGAGUUCCCAGCUGGCGUUCGAGUGCUUGCCAGUUUCAUUGGUGUCAUCUGGACCAUGUCUGGGUACGACUCCCCUUUCCAUCUGGCUGAGGAAUGCUCCAAUGCCAACGUUGCCUCGCCUCGGGCUAUCGUCAUGACUUCGGGCAUCGGCGGCAUCUUCGGUUGGUUCCUUCAACUCGUCGUCGCCUACACGGUCGUCAACAUCGACGACGUCCUGGAUUCAGACUUGGGCCAGCCUUUCGCGGCGUACCUCAUCCAGUGUGUACCACAGAAGAUGGCCAUGGCCAUCCUCGCCCUGACCAUCAUUGCUGGCUUUUCUAUGGGCCAAGGCUGCAUGAUUGCUGCCUCCCGUGUCACCUUUGCGUACGCGCGCGAUGAGUGCUUCCCGCUUUCGAAAUACUGGAAAUGCGUGAACGGCUACACCCAGACGCCUGUCAAUGCCGUCUGGUUCAACGCUAUAAUUGGCAUUCUGCUCACGCUGCUCAUCUUCGGCGGAGAGCUGGCGGUCGGUGCACUCUUCUCGAUCGGCGCCAUCGCUGCGUUUGUUGCCUUCACGACCCCGAUCUUCAUCCGAGUCUUCCUCACCAGGGGCAACUUCAGACCCGGGCCCUGGAACUUGGGCCGCUUGAGUAUCCCCGUCGGCAUCAUUGCUUCGUGCUUCACGGCGCUCAUGGUGCCCAUCCUCUGCCUGCCCGCCACCGUCGGUGACGACCUUGAUGCUGCCGGCAUGAACUGGACGUGCCUCGUGUACGGCGGCCCGAUGCUUUUCGUAUUGAUCUGGUGGGCUGUGUCGGCGCACAAGUGGUUCAAGGGCCCGAAGGUCAACAUCGAGCACAUGAUGCUCGGGCGAGAGACAGACGUGUUGGAGGGCAAAGACGCAACGCCUCGCCCCGAGAGUCCCUCGGCUAAGGCUGUGGAGGCAGAACGCUCGGGCGGCUUGAAAUAG